AAGAAGGACAGGUUAUAGAAGCAAAACUCUAUUUUCUCUGUCUAGAAUACGUGCUCCUGCUUCUCUCUACCAACAUGCAACCUAAGGAGGUUACCACCUCCGGUUCGUCAGCUCAGGAGCAAGAUCUCCUAGCUCGAAGUGUCAAAAAAAUUAAAGAUGGGAAUUCUGGCCCCUCAAUUUCAUUGGUUGGCAAUUAUACGGAAGCUCAAAUGACAGAGGCCUCUGCUCAGAUGAUUCCUGAAAAUCAUCCAAGCAAUCAAGAUAAUGGGAAUAUUCUGAGAUCAUCUUCUUCAACAGAUCUCGCCUCUGACAUCCAAAUGUCUGAUGGGGGUCAACCCUCCUAUAAGGAGAAACUUACUAGAACGACAGACUCUGUGGCCCUCACAUUCUCAACCAUUCCGGACUACAUGGAUGAGGAAUCGGAUAUCGAUGAUGAUCCCGAUGACAAUACUCCGAUUGUUCUACUAUCCAAAGCUGAAAAACAAAGAAUCAGAUCCCCAUGGAUUAAUGCCUUAAUUAUUAAAGCUUUCUGUAAAAAAACCUUGGGUUAUAACUAUUUAUUUCCCAGAAUUAGAGCUCAAUGGAAUCCCACUGGGCAUUGGGAUUUUAUAGAUCUUGGUCUUGAUUUCUUCUUGGUUCGCUUUCAGGAUGAAGCAGAUCUACAUAAAGUGAUCUUUGGAGGUCCCUGGUUCGUUGGUCCUUACUUCCUCACUAUGCGCAGAUGGGAACCAAAUUUUGUCCCAUCUGAGGCACUCCAAUCAUUCACCACUACUGCAGUUUGGGCUCAAUUGCCAAACUUAUCGGCAGAUUAUUAUGAUCCUUCUACUCUUCAAAAAAUUGGAAACAAGGUUGGUAACUUGCUUCGAGUUGAUGCUCACACAGAACACCAUACUCGGGGACAGUAUGCGCGAAUCUGUGUUCAAGUUGAUCUCUCAAAACCAGUGGUUAAACAAGUCCGUAUCGGUAGACAUCGACAAAAGGUUCUUUAUGAGGGCGUUAAUGCCCUGUGUUUUAAUUGUGGACGGAUUGGUCAUCGAAACAUACACUGCACUCAUUCUCCAACACCAGUUCAGUCUUCUAAUUUAUCUCCUCCAUUGAUUGCUAAGUCUUCAAAUGUGGGGAUUACCACCACCACUAAUCAAGACCCACAAGGUACAGAGACUGAACAAGCCCAGGAUAUAAAUAGUCCUACCAAGCAGAGCCACAAAGGGAAAGCUACAACCAUCCCACAUGAUCAAGCUCAAUCGAGUCAGGGAGACUAUGGCCCUUGGUUACUUGUAGAAAGAAGACGACCAAGACGGCGCCAAGCUGCUUUCACAGAACAAUCAGAGAAAGGAACCGCCGGAAUUAGGCAUCAGAAGGACUCUCGUAAGCCCGGAGUGCCGACCCGGAAACUCGGCUCCAAGAUUCACCAAUCCCAAGACACCAACGGUGCUACUGCUCCCUCAUUAAUUAUGGGACAGAAGUCCAAUGCCUUCUUCUCAACGGCUCCUCCUAGUCAACAUCAACCAAGUAGUUCAAAUACCAAACCACAAGUCCGAGAUAGCCAAAAUCCUCUCAAGACCCAAAUGAAAAUGGCACCAUGGAACAAUGGGUCCAGACCUAACAACCUACCAACAGGCCCAACUAAAUCUGUGCCUUACAACCUCUCGGCAAAUCCAAGCCCAAAGGCCAUUUUGGAUAAUAGGGUCAUGGAAAGCCCACCCUCAAUUGUUGAUGGUUCCUCUCUCCAUUCAUCUCCAUCCACUGAAUCGCUCAUUCCUUCCCCUUUUUCUUCUACUGACCCUAAUCACAUCUUACCCUUGAUCCCUACUUCCAUCGAGGGACCAUCUGAACCUCUAAUUCUUGAUCCUGGAUUGCAACCACCAGAUACUCCUAAAGGGCAAUGUCAAGAGCCUCCAGAUAUUAGAGGUAAUCAGCCUAUUGCUACAUCUAGAUUCCUACAGAUCCAAUUUGGGGAACAAGUUCAAAGUUUGUCCAGCAUGGAGAAUCCCGCUCACCCUCCACAACAAGAUGAGCAUCCACAGCUUACUCCUUCUUUUCCUUAUGAAGAACAGAGGAACUCUAAGGGAAAUGGUUCUUCUCUCCGUAUUGGAUCUAAUCCCCAACGUCGUCGGCACUACCAUCGACGAGUUAGCGGGCCAUAUCAAACUACCAGUGUUAGAGAGCAAACAGAACCUUCUACACUAUCAGUGCAUGCAAUUCAGGGUGAUCGCGACAUCAAUCUAUCUUCGCAGCUACCAGCAAGACAGAAUGAUGGACUCCCUCAACAAGGAUUUCUCAAUUCUAAUCCUACCAUUCCACCUUCCCACAGCUCGAAUGGUAAUGAAAAUGCUAACGGGCGUCAUGUUAUGGAUUUGAAAUCUACCCAUUCUCCUAGUAUUAUGCUUAUUAUGGAGACUAAGCUUGCUGGUGAUAAAGCUUCUAACAUAGCCUCUUCCCUAUUUCCAUGCUACCAUGUGAUUGAUGCGGAUGGGCUUGCUGGUGGUAUAUGGCUUCUCUGGGAUGAUACUCGGGUGUCUAUUGAUAUUAUUGCUGCCAAUCCCCAAGCUAUUCAUGCUAUCAUUAAGGUUAGUAACCAUCCUAUUUUUUCUGAGUUUAAUUGGUUCUUUUCUGGUAUUUAUGGCAGGCCUCAACAAGAGAUACGUACUUAUCUUUGGCAAGAGCUGUCUUCUCUUGUUUCCCACUUUACUGGGCCUUGGGUCAUUGCUGGUGAUUUUAAUGAUGUCCUUUCUCAAUCUGAAAAGUUUGGAGGUGGUCCUAUUAAUCAAAAACGCGUCCAAGCCUAUUCUUCCUGUAUGAAUUCUUGUAAUAUGAUGGACAUGGGCUUUGUUGGGGGGCGGUUUACUUGGACUAACAUGCAAUCUAAUGGAAAUAUCAUCCGUGAACGUCUCGACAGAUUUUGGUGCAACCCAGAGUGGAAAAUCUGUUUUCCUGAAGCCACAGUUUACCAUCUUCCUAGGGUGCACUCGGAUCAUAAUCCUGUACUCUUGAAUUUGGACCCUAGUCAUCCUUCGAUUGGCAAACGCCCUUUUCGAAUGGAGAAAUUUUGGGUGGACCAUCCUGAAUUUCAAUGUCUUGUUCGCGACACUUGGAAUUUUGCUGAUGCCACAACAGUUCAAUGUGUAUCUUCAACUAUGCAGAAGGCUAAGGUUUGGAGUCGUGUCUCUUUUGGGAACCUAUUUAAAAGGAAGAAGAAAAUUCUUGCUAGAUUAGAUGGUAUUCAUAGGUUCCUCUCCUCUCAACAUAGUAAUUUCCUCACUAAUUUGGAAAAGACCCUUACCAAUGAAUAUUCAGACAUUCUUAAGUUGGAGGAAGACCUCUGGUUUAUGAAAGCUAGAACCAACUGGCUUGUUGAUGGUGACAAAAACUCUCGAUUCUUUCAUGUCACUGCCCUCAAGCAUAGGUCCCAAAAUAAAAUUCAUGCUCUUAAGGAUUCAGCUGGGAAUUGGUUAUGGAAUUUGGAAGAUAUUAAGGUGUUGUGCAGAGACUAUUUUAAAGACCUUUUCACUUCAUCCCUGUGUUAUUCCUUCUCUGAUUCCUACCAAGUGGCUGACUUAUUUGGGAAUCCCUCCAAUCCUCCUCUGGCUGACUUGGCUAACCUUCCUUCUGAACAGGAGAUUUGGAAUGCCCUUCAUUGUAUCAAACCUUUUAAAGCUCCUGGGCCAGAUGGUGUUCACCCCUUUUUUUAUCAGAAAUUUUGGGAUAUUGUGAAAGCUAAGAUAUGCCCUGAAAUUAUUCAAGCCUUUGCUACUGGGACCAUUCCAAUGGGCUGGAAUGAGUGCCUCUUAGAUUUAAUCCCCAAAAAUCAAGCCUUUUAUGGACAGCUUGGUCUCCCCAUGCCAAGCUAGCUUUAUCCCUGGUAGAAAGAGCUCGGAUAAUGUCAUCAUUCUUCAAGAAGUUGUGUAUGCUUUCAGUAAACGUGCUGGUCGUGA